GGCCAGGGCUCUGGGUUGCCUGACCCCUAGAAGGGCCAGGUUCUCCCAGUGGCUGAGUGUCUGUGCACCUCUCCUUUUGUGGUUCCUGGUGCCCUGUGGUGUCUAUACUCCAUCAGUUCCUGCUCACUCACCGCUAGACUUUGCAGUAAACGGGAUUGAUAUUACAUAGACUUGGCAGGAGAUCUAGGUGUCUUGUUGGGGACUACUCAGAUGGGGUGAAUGACCAAGUGGCCAGGAUUCACACCGGGCAAUGGGACAGAAGGCUAGCCGGCUGGCCUUCACUAGCUCCUGGCUCCUCUCAUGUUAUUUGUUGAGCAGCUCUUGCAAGUUCCAGGCGAAGGACUGUAGAGAAUGGAUGUGCUUUGUGGUAGAGGAACAAAGGGUUUGUAACAGAAAUGGAAGCUCUUGGUCACUGGGCAACCACCUUUCAAGAAGCCUACCCUGUGGAUAUCCUACAGGACGACUCCGGGGGCCAGCAGGCAGCAACACAGGUUUACUAUGACUCGCUCAGGGAAGGAGUCCCGGCCUCAGCAGCGGUUUUCUCCCUUCCCACUGGGGAGCAGGUCAGACUUGAAACUUCAUCUCUUCGAUUUUGCGCUAUGUACCGUGACGAACCUCAACAUAAAUUACUGACUUUGGUUAGUCCCCAGGACACAAAGACAGUUGUGGCUGUUUACUUAAAAGACUCCUGGUGGUCCAUUGAAGACGUCCUAAGAACUUCUGAUCCCACAAGGGAAGGGCUCAUGAAGGUUCAGUCCUUCGGGGAAAGGAUUGUACUUUUUGUUCUCAACACCAUUGUUUUUGGAAGACUGGAGAGAAGUCUGGAUGCCGAUGACAUGUUUUUCUUACCUCACCCGGCGAAGGAGCAAGCUAAGAUUCUGUGGCUAGAUGGAGCGGCAGUUGGAUUUUAUUCUGUCAAAAUGAAAGGCAGCCUCUGUGGUGACGGCACCGGUGCAUGCUACCUGCUGCCUGUCUUUGACACAGUGUUUGUGCGGAGGAAGCACCGCAGCCAAGGCCUGGGGACAGCCAUGCUGAGGGACUUCUGUGACACCUUUCGAGAAGAUGAAGCCCUGGGUAUCAGUUGCCCAAUUUCUCCUGCUAUGUACAAAGUCCUCAGGCGGUUCCUGUCCAUCCAUCCAGGCGAGAGAGGGCGCUUGUGGGAGGUGGAGCCCCCAGGGGCCUGGGGCCAGCGCACCAACAUCUGGCUCAAGGUUUGUCUUCAGGAGGCAAGACCUCAAGACGGGACCACAGUGCAUUCUAAAUGCUCUGAAGAGGACACAAACACCCCGAGGCAGACUUCUCAGGGUGAUGGACCCACACAAUUUGAUCACGGAGAAAGCCAUAAGGUGUGGAUCGCUGAAGAACGGGAGACACAGAAAGACCAAGAAAGUGUCAAAAGAGAGGAGGAAGCUGGGAUACCCCUGAGGCCCUCCUGGGAUGAGAUGGAGGGCAAGGGAGCCAAGAGGACAGUGACAGUCGCUGGGCUGGCUGGUGAGCCGUGGCAGAAGCGUGCACAACAAGCUCCUAACUCCUCAGAGGUUCAUCUGGCUUCAUCAGAAUCUGAGCCUGAGGGUUUGAAGUGUCCCUGAGUAGUCUCUGGAGCUGGAGACAGUAUCUAUGGGUCCUGCCUAUCUCUGCUCACCUUUUAGGCUCUGGGGUGAGGGAGUCUGAAGCAGUGGUGGGGUAGGCCAAAUAUGCUGUGAGAGCCACUUUUACAAGUCAACUGUUGGCAAAUCCAAGACUCUAGAAGCUCACCUGUUAAAAGUAAAAUGGCUUCCACUACUUACGAAUAUGGUAUGCAUGGGGCCAUGUGAAGGGAUCUUUUAGUGGAAAUGGACUCAGACGGGCCAUGGUCACAACCCAUGAUAAGCAUUCUGUCCUGUUGGGACCUCAGAAUGCAACUCCAGAGGUUUUCAGGCAGACAAGUUCCUUCUCCAGGGACUUGUCUCACUUCAGAGCUUCUCAAGGGCAAACGCCAGGUGUUACAAUGUCCACUCUGCCAGUGUCAGGUGGUGCCCACUGUGGGCCCAGUGGGUUUAGCCUAUUGUGUUCUGCCGUCUGGACAUGAGGUAGGGUUUCUCCUAGAGAAAGCUGGUCUGUUCUUUAUGUUUCCUGAGUGGUCAAAGGACCGUGGGACCUCAGUUCAUCACAUGUUCAUCAAAGCGCCCGGUGGUGUGGGAGGUCCUUCUGUACAUGUGUUGCUUUUAUUGGUGAAUGAAUAAAGACACUGCUUUCAGCCAAUGGCUUAACAGAACAUAGCCAGACUG